AAUCUAUCGAAAUUAUGCGGGGAAAAAGAAAGAAGAAAUCGAUUUGAGUCCAUAUAUUUAUGAAUUUAUGCUUCUUUUGAUAUCUGAUAUCGAUACAAACGAUGAAUAUGCCUCCUUGUUAUCAGCAAAUCAACAUAAAAACACAAUGGCUGAGAAAGGCCAUGGAAGAUGACAGUUUAAUUUGCUAGGUGAUUUUUGUCUGCGUGCCGGUUGGAAUCGAGGUUCGGAAAUCCCAUCCGGUAGGAUUGUUUUGAAAACAAAGCAAGCGAUGCCACCAAAAAAGGAUGCCAAGGGAGGAGGAAAAGCUGCACCAGCUAAAGGUGGUUCCGGUGGAAAGAAAGGAGGCGCUGGAGGUGGUGCUGACGAAGGAGCAGCAAAGGAGAAAAAAGGUGGCUCGGCGGUGAAGGUACGACACAUUCUUUGUGAGAAGCAAGGUAAAAUAAUGGAAGCGCUGGAGAAAUUGAAAGAGGGCCAGGCGUUUAAUGUGGUUGCGACAAACUACAGCGAAGACAAGGCACGCCAGGGAGGUGAUCUUGGGUGGCAGAUCCGUGGUGCAAUGGUGGGUCCGUUUCAGGAUGCGGCCUUUGCGUUACCCAUUUCUACCACCAAUGCUCCCAAGUACACGGAUCCACCCAUCAAGACCAAGUUCGGAUAUCAUAUUAUAAUGGUAGAAGGCAAGAAAUAAAUGCUUCUUUAUGUUUUCAUUUC